GCACAGCCCCGCAUUCUCCGAGCUGCCGCCACACCACGCACCGCCCAGAGGCAACAACUCCACCCCAGGCACGCUCACAGCUCACCAGCUGACAGCCCUAAAUCCCCCUGCCCGUUCCCCCAUAACUGGGCACGAUGGGACAGUGCCCACCCCAAAGCCCCUGGCCCUGUACCCACACCCAUCCUGAGCUGUCCCGGGGAUGGUGUGAUGGCACACGGACCAUGGGGAUGCUGUGGCAGGUGCAGGCAGCACCAGGGAGCUGAGGGGAGCAGCCCAAAAGGUAAAGGGAAAAGAAGUGGGGGAAAUGUCCCCUGCUGACCCUCCACGCUCCCUGCUGAGCACCCCCGACCCUCUUCACUGUGAUCCCCAGAGCUGUGAUCCUUCUCUUGCCCCUUCCAGCCUCUCUAGGACAAGAUGAAGCAGAUUUUCCUCCUCUUCCUCCUCGGGCUCAUCACCAGGUCCUUGCAGAUCGAAGAUAACAAGAUCCCUGGGCUGUGCUCGGGGCAGCCGGGCAUCCCGGGGACCCCGGGCCUGCACGGGGGCCAGGGUUUGCCAGGCAGAGACGGACGAGAUGGCCGGGAUGGAGCCAGGGGGAUGCCAGGGGAGAAGGGCGAGAUGGGCCCUCCUGGAGUGCCCGGUCCCCGCGGCGAGGUGGGCAGCCCCGGUGUGGACGGGCUGCACGGUGAGAAGGGAGCUCAGGGCGAGUGCGCCGUGGCUCCUCGCUCUGCCUUCAGCGCCAAGCGCUCCGAGUCCCGCAGCCCUCCCCUGGCCGACCAGCCCAUCCUCUUCGACGUGGUGCUCAUCAACGAGCAGGGCCACUACGACCCUGCCACGGGCAAGUUCACCUGCGAGGUGCCCGGCCUGUAUUACUUCGCCGUGCACGCCACCGUGUACCGCACCAGCCUGCAGUUCGACAUCAUGAAGAACGGCCACUCCAUCGCCUCCUUCUUCCAGUACUACGGCAACUGGCCCAAGCCCACCUCGCUCUCGGGGGGCUCCCUGGUCCGCCUGGAGCCCGAGGAUGAGGUGUGGGUGCAGGUGGGCGUGGGGGACUACAUCGGCUUCUACGCCAGCGUCAAGACGGACAGCACCUUCACCGGCUUCCUCGUCUACUCCUACUGGCAGAACUCCGCCGUGUUCGCCUGA